UGGGGAGGCGGGGCGGGGGCGGGGCUCUCGGCCGGUUAAGGCUGUGCUGGGUAGGUGGGCGCAGACCGAGAGACUACGGGUCGGGGCUGGGCUCAGCGCGCCGCGAACAAAGGCAUCUGCGGCUGUUCCCUGCUCCGCGGAGGACCGAAGCUUCGCGGGACUGAGGCUCCGCGGCUCCGUGUCGGCUUCGGCUCGGCUCCACCGCGGGCGCCGCGGCAAUUGCCGCUCAGCGCUGCCCAGGGAGCCUGUCCUGCCCGGGGCUCAUGAUGGGGCUGAUCUUCGCUAAAUUGUGGAGCCUUUUCUGUAACCAAGAGCACAAAGUAAUCAUUGUGGGGCUGGAUAAUGCAGGGAAGACCACCAUUCUUUAUCAGUUCUUAAUGAAUGAAGUAGUUCAUACUUCUCCAACCAUAGGAAGCAAUGUUGAAGAAAUAGUUGUGAAGAACACUCAUUUUCUUAUGUGGGAUAUUGGUGGUCAAGAGUCUCUGCGGUCAUCCUGGAACACCUAUUAUUCAAACACAGAGUUCAUCAUCCUUGUUGUCGAUAGCAUUGACAGGGAACGACUGGCUAUUACAAAAGAAGAAUUAUACAGAAUGUUGGCUCAUGAGGAUUUAAGGAAAGCUGCAGUUCUCAUCUUUGCAAAUAAACAGGAUAUGAAAGGGUGCAUGACAGCAGCUGAAAUCUCCAAAUACCUCACCCUUAGUUCAAUUAAGGACCACCCGUGGCACAUCCAGUCAUGCUGUGCGCUAACAGGAGAAGGGUUAUGCCAAGGUCUAGAGUGGAUGACCUCCCGGAUUGGUGUGAGAUAAUCUUUUGCUUGAAAAAGACUUCUCUAUUUAUUCCGUGACAUGAACAUUUUUCCUAAUACCUUUGGCUGCUGAGGCAGCAGCAUGUUUAAUUUAUAACAACACAAACCUCUGAGCAACACUUGAAUCAAGUGCCGCUGUACUGGAACAUAAAGAUGUUUUCUUACCUUUGUUUCAGAUGCACUAAUCUUCAGUCGGAUGAGCAUAAUGUGUAACUAUGUUUGCAGCAACAGAACUUUUCUGACUGCUUAUUCUAAUUAUUUGGUGACUGCCUUGUAAAAACUGUUUGUCAUAUAUUUCAUGUCAUCUGAAGUAUUGUUACAUCCUUUAUAACCCGUUUCUUUCCCUUCUUGGCCACCACUCUCUCUCCCAGGUACUCAGUGCUUUCACAGAGCAGUAGUAGUUGUCAUCUACUACUUCUCCGGCACUAAACAUUUUGUUCUGUUCUCUACGAGCCUUUUUAUCAUUUAGACAGAAUUAAUUACAGUGAUGAAAAUCUACCUA